AUGGACGAAGAAAUUUUUAAUUUUUUUAUCAAAAAUAAUGAAGUUUAUAACCGACAUUUAAAUAAAGAAGAGCUUAAUAUAAUAUUUAAAACGUAUUUAGAAAAGCAUAAAAAAUACGAUGAAGCCCUGCUCUUGUCUCAUAUUGAGGAAUUUCAUAUGGAAAAAAAUUCUAAGAAUCGUACACCACAAGAAAUCGAAAAUGCUAAAAAUUGGAGACAGACCAGAAGGGCGAGUGUGUGUUCUGAUACAGUAUUUCCUAGUGAUUUUUCUUCUAUUAGUUUUCCAAAAACAAAAGAGACAUUUGAAUUUCUUAGUAAUGUUUUAGUCGCCGACAUCCCCUUUGGUCUUCUUAAUCCUAAGCAGAAAGAUAAAUUAAUUGACAUUAUACAGUGUGUAGAUAUAGAAGCAGGCGUCACUUUGAUUAAAGAGGGUGAUAGUGGUAAUACAAUGUAUGUAGUUGAUGAAGGAUGUUUUGAAGUUUUUAUUAAAAAUAUAAAAAUUAAGUCAUUAAAAAGAGGAGAUAUAUUUGGCGAGAUAGCACUAAUUCAUAACAUUAAUAGGACUGCUACUGUUAUUAGUAGUGUAAAAAGUAAAAUAUGGGUAAUAGAACAAAAAAUGUUUUUAGGAUUAAGAGCCUUUGACAGGAAUAAAAAUAAGACUAUUGUUUUCGAAGGCAUUAAAUCACACAAUUUAUACCCUGAUUUAAACGAGAAAGAGUUAAUUAGCUUUAUUAAUACUCUAAGUUUUGAUUAUUUAAAGGAAGACAGUGAUGUUUUAGUGAAUGAAGAUGAAAUUUUCUUUUUUACUUUAGAUGGCAUUAUAUCUAUUGAUGGCAAAGAACAGAAAGUUAAGCAAAAAGAUACGGUAAAAAAGAGUUUUAAGUGUGUAUCUUUAAUUGAAGGGACAGUUAUGAAAACUAGACAAAGAAAGUUAUGUUUUUGA